AUGGGUUCUCCGGUAAUACUUGAAAAACCUUAUGGAGCAGCCAUGAGUGGAGAUUGGGAAAGCAUGAUUGAACAGUUCGAAUAUUUUUUCUCUCCAGUUUCGCACUCUUUGGAUACUGUACUUCAUCUAGCUGUGCACAGCAACAAAAAGAAACCACUUAAAGAUUUACUUGAAAUCGUGAAGGAAAAAGAAUCACCUUUAACUGAGGAAGAUUUUCUCAAGAUAAAAAACAAAUUUGGAAAUACUGUUCUUCACGAGGCAACCAUCUAUGGGAAUUAUGAGGCUGUAAGACUCUUGGUAGAACGUUGUCCAGACCUCCUUAAGGAAAAAAAUAACUACGGUGAAACCCCAUUGUUUACAGCUGCUGGAUUUGGUGAGGCUGAAAUAGUGGAGUUUUUAAUCCGUUCCAAACCAAAACAAUGCGUGGAUGAUAAAAACCGCCUUUUGUCAAUUCACAGCAAGCGAUCGGAAGAUGGGCUGUCCAUUCAUAGGGCAACACUUUGGUAA